GUAGCAGACUCACUUUUGGAGCGCAACAGUUGACGCAAGAAUACGCCGACACGUGUUUGUAGAUUGCUCAUUGGUCCGUAGUGUGUGCUUUUGGUGCUGUGUUUUGUGUGUUUGUGUGUGUGUGUGUGUGUGUGUGUGUGAACGCAUCUAAAUCGAACAAUUGUCUCUAGGUUGUAGCGAGAUUUCAUCACGCUAAGAAACGACACCGGCAGACGACGGUAAGACGUGAAAGAGUGCCACUCUUUUGCAACAGGAACAGCACAGCACAGAGGAAAUAAGCCCAGACUAAGGAGCGGCUGCGAAAAGUGCACCGAAUCUUUCCCGAAAGCAACAACCAUCAUCUUCCCACCGACAGCAUCCAUGGCUGCCCCGGCGACACCUUCGCGACAGAUACUCUUCGUCCUGGCGCUAUUGUUUGUCGUGAAGCUGGGCACCGGUCGACCGCAAAAUGCAAUCGAUAAUCAGGAUCUGCCCGAGAUAAAUCCGAACGAGCUGCGGAAACUCUACACAAACUACAACUCAUACGUAUCGAACCAGCUGGACAACUAUGGGCUGGAUCCGUUACAGCUGCAAUUGUUGGCGCAGUACGCUCAGAGCAAUGCCAUCAGCGGCGGCGGUGGUGGUGGCUGGGAUCAGCUCUACCGGGCACCAGAAAUGAAGCGCCAAAUUCGAUACCGUCAGUGUUACUUCAAUCCCAUCUCCUGCUUCAAGAAGUAAGGGCCCCAUCGUCGUCCCAUUGCCCCAUCGUUUACCGCCACCUGCAGAAACCAUGUCCUCGAGGGAAGAGGGUGCCCGGCACACAGCAGCGGAGCAAGAGUCACGCCGGUCACGUUCCUCCCAGUUCCUUUCAAUCUUCCAUCCCCCGUAGUAGUGUAAGCUCCUGUUCGGCCUUUGCCAGCAUCUCUAUCCAGUCGCGUUAGCCGUGCAACACAAGUAAAAAGUGAAUUCUUACAGGGGAGGAGGGAAAGACUGUCCCCAAAGAAGGUAGCGCAGGCAGGUUGGAGAAAGAGGCGGUUAGGAAGGCGUAAGAUAACGUUUCGUAAUGUUUGUUGAUUUUCGAAAUGGAACGAAACAAAAAUAUACACAAAAAAGGAAUACAACCAUGAAUCAUACACGCAAAAAGACAAGCAAAAACUAAAAAAAAAAGACAAAACACAAAAAAACUAAAACCACGUACACAAGACCUCGUGUCUUCGAGAUCUUCUUCGGCAUCGGUUGCUGCUAAUCUAUUUGAUGUGACAGGGAUGUUUGUAAAUGUUUAAAGCCAUAUUUUAUCCACGAAAUACUAGCGCUCGAUAGUGAGAAGGGAAACAAGGAAUGGACAUUUUAGAGAAGAAGAUGUGAAACCAGCAAACGAAAGACUAUUGUAGGAAAAAAGAACAACCAAAAAACAAAAAAAGAAGAUGGAAUAAUAUGGCGAGUCUAUUAGAACAUACACUCUCUAGCAAAUAAAACCAAAAAGCCCCUAUUGCCAUUUUCUCUCUUUGCAGUGAAAUUCACAAUAUAUGUAACUAUGUGUAAACUAAUUCAGAAGGUUGAAUGGUUGCGGCAGGAAAAGAAUAUAGAUUUCAAACAAACAAGCAAACAAAAUGCUCCACCAAAAACAAUCCUCCAGCGCUCCCAGCAUAAAGCGAUGGGUUUUGUUUAGGUGGAAAUUGUAUCGCACACAUUUAAAGCAAUGUUAUGUUUCUGUUAUGUUUCAUCAUUUUCCUACAGCACAGUACGGAAGCUAAAUAGCUCACACACACAUUUCACAACCACUUCUCAGCUAUCCGGUUUCGUUACCGUAAGUGUCAGAGCUAUGGAAGGAGUGUAGAAGGAAGCUAUUUCGAUAUGCGUGUAGUGUGUGUUUGGUACAUAACAGAAAGACUGUAAUCGUUUGAUGGACGGACAAGACGGACAGUGCGUGCGGAAGUACCGCAAUCUCAGAAUGAUUUGUGAUGAAUAAGGCGACUGGCCAUUUCUAAUACGCAAAUCAACUGCUAGCCAUUCGUCUUGCUCAUGACCUAUAAGGAGUAACAGUUUAGAAAUGUAAAGUAUAGGCACAGUAAAAGAUCGAGCUGUACUGCUGCUGUAACAUCUUAAUUCACACACCUUUUGGCAAAGUGUUGCGUAACACUGGCCACAAUAGCUCCCACAUAGACACCUCAUAAACACACACACACACACACACUUCCAACGUUUCACCAACAAAUGAAGCAUUUAGAUGCACACAAUGUAUUUAUACAUACGUACGUACACAUAUAUUUAUCGUAAAUCUCAAUAAACUAGAGCUGCUGUAAAAAGACGUAAUAACGUAUGUUUGGUACAGAA